AUGCCAGAGCUCGCUUAUUUAUGUGCCGGAGGACUAGCGGGGACUGCGCCCAAGUUCGAACAGCAGGAUAUCGACCCGCCCACCUCCGGCGCAGACACUGACCCGUACGCUGCAACGCACUUCUUGAAGAGCACGCACGAGAUCCGGAUGAUUACCUCGGGCCAUAUACACGCCGCACCGGCACCAUUCCGGGCGCAGAAGGCGCAUCCGCCACCCCCAAUCCCGUCCCUCGAGUCUCGAGCCGGCGCCAGCGGCCUCCGUUUGGACCCGAUAACACGUGUUUACGUCAUGAAAGUCUCCCCCGGCCUUUAA